AUGGGCUGCGUUUCUUCCAAACACGUCAAGAAGGAACUCCUCCGGGAGAAAACCAUCCUCCACAACGGCAAUGCCGCCGCCGCCGCAGGCGGUGGAAGCCCUCACCUCAACCACAUUGUCUCCCUCACUUCCUCCACCUACGGCGCACUCCAACUCGACCAGCCUAAGCACCACCCUCCGCCGGUGCUCCUCGAGAAGCAGAUCGCCCCGCCCGAACCCGAAUCCGUACCCGAGUCCGAACAGGGUUCAGAGUCUCAGUGCCCGCCGGAGGAGAUCAAUGCGGUGGAAUUGAUGGAAGGUCUGGAGGAAGGAGUACCACCCCAAUCGAAGAAGAACAGCCCAAAAUCGAGGCCGCCGUUCCUCCGCGGGUUCACCGAGUUCGACCCGCGGAGCCCGUUGAAGUUCAUGAAUCAAAUCGGGUCGCCCCGGAAGGCCAAGACAUUCGGCGGCAAGGAGAACAAGUUCAACAAGAGAUCCUCUUCUUCUUCCGACUUCAAUUUCAGCCCCAGGCCGAUUCUCAAGCCCAAUAGUAACAACAACACCAAGAAUUGCAAGGCGGCGGUCCGGCUCAGUUACCCAGUCAAAUCGUCCCCCAAACUCACCGACUCGACCGAAUUGGGUUCUUCGUUUUCUUCUUCGUCUUCUUCAAACUCAAAUUCCAAGAGGAGCUUCAACAGCAAUCUCAGCCCGCUGUUCGAUCCGGAGCUCGUCAAACUGUACGAGCGCGAGAUGGCGGAAGGGGAAGGAGAAGGAGAGCAAGUGAAGAGGAUCAUCUCGCUGACUCCCAGCAAAACCCUAAAACUACUGAAGAAGAAUUCCCAAGUAGAGGAUACAGAGGCAUUGCUCUGUUCCUUCGAGGAGAAAUGCCCUCCUGGGGGCGAGAACAGCGUGGUAGUCUACACCACCACGCUCCGAGGGAUUAGGAGAACCUACGAGGACUGCAACGCCGUGAGAUCGAUCGUCGAUUCGUACCACGUCCACGUCAUCGAGCGAGACGUUUCGAUGGAUUCCGGCCUGAAAGAGGAGCUGAGAGGGCUGAUGGGUACGAAGGAGGUCAGGGUCCCGCUAGUGUUCGUCAAAGGGAGGCUCGUGGGUGGCGCCGAGCAGGUCGCCAAGCUCGACGAGGAAGGGAAAUUGGAGGCUCUGUUCGGCGGGAUUCCGAGGAGGAUGAGCUCCGGCUGCCGGAGAUGCGGCGGGGUCAGGUUUGUGAUGUGUAAAGAGUGUAAUGGAAGUUCCAAGGUCUUGGAUUGUGCUCUCAACAAGAAGGUGAGGUGUGGUAGGUGUAAUGAGAAUGGAUUGGUUCAGUGCCCCAUCUGCUGCUGA